AUGGUGAAUGUCGCACUUGACAUUGCAAAGCGCUGGAAAUGGGACAUAAUGGUGACGAGAAAACUCUCGGAUGACCUGCAGGCCUACAAUCAGUCACUACUAGUAGCUCCAUUCGCUGGCGGCCAAGCAGACGGCCUUUCUUGGUGGAAAAACCUUCCAAUAAUUUCCGAAAUCCACCCACUCAAGGCCUUCUCUGUGACAAUCCUCUUGAUCGUAGGGCAUGCAGGUGAAGUAGAGCACACAUUCUCUGAUCUCGGCAUAACACAAUCUGCACAACGGUGUAAUCUCUCAGUUGACACAUUUGAAACA